UUUAUGAACCCACGACUCAGAGGAAAAGGAGAAGGCCGAGAAGAGAGGCGACGAUGAGUUUCUCGGAUAUCUCCCUUCGUGAUCACGCUGGGCUGAUGAACCUACCCGCCGUUUCCGCCGCCGAUGACACGUUGCGUUCCCGGUGGGUGCAUAAGAUUGUCCGCUGCUGGAGGACCGACGACGAUGACGCCUCUGGCAGUGGCGGGGGCGGCGCCGGUUCGGCUGCGGUGGAAUGCUACGCCUGCACCCAGGCCGGCGUCCCGGCCUUCCAUUCCACCAGCUGCGACCGUGCCCACCCGCUCGAGUGGGAGGCGAACGCUGGGUCGUCGAUGAUACCCAUCCAGCACCACGUGGCCGCCAGGAGACCGACCGAGGGUGCAGGACGGCGGCGGCGACGGCGGCCCGCCUGGGUGUUCGGGCCGGUGCUGGAUCCGCGGAGCGGGGGCGUGCAACAGUGGAACCGUGGGCUGCUGCUGGCGCGGGCGGUGGCGCUGGCGGCGGACCCGCUGUUCCUGUACGCUGUGGGGGUGCGGGGGAACCGGGGGUGCGUCGAGGUGGACGGCAGGUACGCGGCGGCGGUGGCGGCUGUGCGCACCUGCGCGGACGCGGCACAGGUAGUUCACGCGUGGGUGCAACUGCGGCUGGCGUACGUGUCGCGGGAGUCGCUGGUGGUGGGGUGCGGCAAGCUAGUCUGGGACCCCAAGGCCAUCGCCGCUCACUACCUCCGCUCCGCCACCGCCUUCUGGUUCGACCUCUUCGUCAUCCUCCCCAUCCCUCAGGUGUUCUUCUGGUUGGUUCUGCCGAGAUUGAUUAGAGAAGAAGAGAUGGAGUCGAUAGCAAACAUUUUGUUGCUGAUACUCUUAUUCCAGUUUAUUCCCAAGGUUUGCCACAGCAUAUGCAUGAUGAGGAGCAUGCAGCAGGUCACUGGUUACAUCUUUGGAACCAUCUGGUGGGGCUUCGCCCUCAAUUUGAUUGCUUAUUUCAUUGCCUCUCAUGUUACCGGGGGUUGCUGGUACAUUCUUGCAAUCCAACGUGUUUCCUCGUGCCUCCAACAGCAAUGCCAGAAGAAGAACAACUGUGGCUUUGCAUCACUGGCAUGCUCCAAGGAAGCUUGUGAUCGGCUUCCAUUGCCAUCUGGGGUGGAUCGAGCGUCCUGCUAUAAUAAUGUCACCUCCAUCAGAAACCAGAAUGGUGUAUGCUUCAGUGCCGAUGGACCCUUUGCUUACGGUAUUUAUGAUGCGGCUCUCCCUGUUAUUUCCAGCAACUCCCUCACUGUCAAGGUUCUCUAUCCUAUAUGUUGGGGCCUCAUGACUCUCAGCACAUUCGGCAACAAUCUCGAACCCACAAGUCAAUCGCUUGAGGUGAUGUUUGGUAUUGCAACUGUGUUAGGUGGCCUCAUGCUCUUCACCUUGCUGAUCGGAAACAUUCAGGUGUUCUUGCAUGCAGUCAUGGCUAGGAAGAGGAAGAUGCAGCUGAGGUGCCGAGACAUGGAAUGGUGGAUGAAGCGGAGGCAGCUCCCCUCGCGAUUGCGGCAGAGAGUGAGGCAGUACGAACGCCAGAGAUGGGCUGCAAUGAGAGGGGAGGACGAGGUGGACCUGGUUAAAGACUUGCCGGAAGGGCUGCGGCGAGACAUCAGGCGCCAUCUCUGCCUUGAUCUCAUCAAACAGGUGCCUUUGUUCCAAAACUUGGACGAUCUCAUCCUCGACAACAUAUGUGACAGAGUUAAGCACAUGGUGUUCUCCAAGGACGAAAAGGUGAUCCGAGAAGGAGACCCCGUGCAGUGCAUGGUCUUCGUCGUCCGCGGGCGCCUGCAGAGCAGCCAACGGCUCAGCAAAGGGGUGGUGGCGACGUGCAUGCUGGGCCCUGGAAACUUCCUCGGCGAUGAACUCCUCUCCUGGUGCCUUCGCCGUCCCUUCACCGAUCGCCUGCCUGCUUCCUCCGCCACCUUUGCGUGCGUCGACCACACCGAGGCCUUCGGAUUAGACGCCAACGACCUGCGAUACAUCACCGAGCACUUCAGAUACAAGUUCGCAAACGAUCGCCUCAAGAGAACAGCGAGAUACUACUCGACCAACUGGAGAACAUGGGCGGCCGUGAACAUACAGCUCGCUUGGCGGCGCUACAAGACCAAGACAAGAGCGACGAGGGAUCAGCCAGCCGAGCUCGGUGACAACGAGCAACGCCUUCGGCUGUACGCUGCCAUCUUCAUGUCAAUCCGACCUCAUGAUCAUCUCGAAUAGUUGACUCCUUCGGAUCUGCAAGCAAAAUAAUGCCAAUAAAUGAAAGAAUUAGACAAGAAAGAAUAAUUUCAUGAAGGUUUGCUAUAUUUUAUUUUGGUGGUGGAAAAGGUUAGGAAUAAAUAAACAUUUUAAUGAGUUACAAAAGGUAUUAUAUGUUUUUUUUAUCUUUUAAUUACUGUA